GCCAUUCACUUGAAGUCCAUCUCUAUUGGGAGGCAGCAAAACAAAGAGGCGACUUCUAAGCGUAUAUUUACUUGCGAACAAAUUUAUGUUUUUAGCUUAUUUUGAGCAAAAUGUCUGACGAAAAGAAAAGCAUGAAUACCAAAAAAGUUGAACGCUCGGUACGAAAAAAAGCAAGCAACACAGCUUCGCAGCAUAAAACGCAAACGCAAUCUGCGUCGGCGCAACUCUCAGCCGAUGCGGAAAUGGAGGAGGAAGCUGUGGGCCAACCUGCGGCUUACAGCAUGCGACCAGCAUUUGGUGAAUCCUUCCCGUUACCAAUUGUUAGAAACAUUAUAAACAGCACAAUGGCUGCGAAACUAAAAGACAAAAUAUAUGACAAGGACAUUGCCAAGAUCUGGACACGUGAAAUCGCGGAUGAGGUGAACCAGCAAAUAGCGGCGAGUCCAAAAGUCAAGCGCUACAAGCAUGUAGUGCAGGUGAUGCUGGGCCAAGAGCUGGGUGCCGGCUCGACCUACUUAUCACGUUGUUGCUGGGAUUGCGAUUGCGACACCUCCGUCACAGAGGUAUUCACGAACACUAGUCUGUUCUGUGUGUGCACAGUGUUUGCCACAUAUCAGUACUGAGAACGGGGGAAUCUGAACGUAACUGGAAUACUUCAUAUUUAUAUGUCAAAGGUAUCAUAAAUAUCAUGGCUUUUAAUUUUUUUGUUAUUUGUAGAACACAUGUCUUGGAUAAGUCUUUAAUUUUAAUUAUUUAUAUAACAUUUAUAUACAUAUGUGCAGCCAUAUGUGCAUAUUAACUAGAAACAUAUGUACUAUCACUAACUAGAAAACACAUGUGCAUGUGUAUGCGUUGCUUGGUUAAUGGUACUAUGCACUACCAACUUUCAAUGAAGCAAUCGCUUCUAUAAUUCUCUAGAACUGCCUCACAGAUCUUUACCAAUAAGUAAAGUCAUUCAACAUUUUGAUCCUCUUUUCAAAAUAAAUCAUGUAAAAAUGAAUCUUAAUAUAGGCAGGGUAAACAACUAAACUAGUCAAUGCUUAUCUACUCUAAAAAGAGGAGGCUUUGCACAGGCAGAUCUGUUAAUUGUAAUGUAAGCUAACAGUUUACUGUUCAAUCGUGUUCAGACUGAUACUAGCACAGCAUAUAUGUACAUAUGUUCAUGUGAGAAAGGAACUAUAAGCAGGGAGAGAAGAGUGAGCUAGGUCAUUAAUUUGAUUCCUUCUAUGAUUGUCAUGUGCGCCGCUCGUUGAGAACGGUAUGGAACAAUGGAGUCAACGUCUGUGUUAUUUUUUUGAAGAGAACCAAUUAAACAGUUCUCAGUUAAAUAAACAUUUGAGUAUUUAUUACCUAUUUUAAAGUUAAUUAAAUGUUCCAUAUAAUUAACUACCAUUUUACAGCUGAUAAAGUUCUUACCCAAUACAGAAGAUAUUGACAACUAAACAUGAGUAUUUCACUCUCUUGUGUAGACACAUAUAAACAACGUAUGUUACUAUAUUAAAAUAACUAAAUAAUUAAAACCAAAACCUAUCAAUUUAAUCAAUAAACGAAAUUUGUUAUCUAGCUUUAA